AUGCAACGCCUCCAACGGCUGAGCGUGUUUUACGCUCUUACAUACCUUCUUUCUAUCGUCUCUGCUGACUACCUGCCCUUUCGUGAACACGCUGGCGCAUCCUUUUUCGAUGGGUGGGCAUAUUAUGGCAAUGUUGACAACACGACAUGGGGAAAUGUCACAUAUCUAGACCAGCCUGGUGCUCAAACUAAAGGUCUUACCUUCAUCAACGCAGCGGGAAAUGCUGUUAUCAAGGUCGACAACACAUCAACUUUGGCGCCCCCGCUGGCGCAAGGCGACGUAGUCAACAGAGACUCGAUUCGUCUUACCUCCAUCGACACCUAUGGCAUUGGUUCGCUAAUUAUCAUCGAUGUCCUUCACCUCCCUUACGGAUGCUCUGUUUGGCCUUCGUUUUGGACUUAUGGAAUGCAGGAAGAGUGGCCCAACGCCGGAGAAAUUGAUAUCAUCGAAGGAAUCAACAAUAUGCAGCACAACCAAAUAGCCUUGCAUACGCCCACUGGUUGCUUCCAAGCCCCAAACCCUCCCCAAUCUGGAACAACUUUGGAGACUGAUUGCUCGACCGACCGUGGUUGUAUCGUUGCGGAAACGAAGCCCAAUAGCUUUGGUCCUGGCUUCGCACAGGCAGGAGGAGGCGUGUACGCUGUUCAGAUGGAUACUUCCGGUAUCUAUGUCUGGUUCUGGAGUAGGCCUGAUGUCCCUAUGAAUAUCCAAACUGCCACGUCGACGGAUAAAAUGAGUCUCUCCACCUGGGGAAUGCCUUCUGCUGCAUACCCAGUUUCUGCUUGCAACGUUACCCAGUAUUUCCCCCCUCAGAAUCUAGUUUUGCUUACUAGUCUGUGUGGCGCCUGGGCUGCAGUUCCUGAUAUCUAUCAAUCGACUUGCAAAACACCAACCGGGUCUUGCUUCUUUGAUAACGUUUUGGGUCCUCCCAGCAAUUUUGAUGAAGCCUACUGGGAAGUCAAAUAUGUCAGAACUUACUUCUCAGAGGAUCUUCCCAGACCAUCGUCCUCCAGCUCCAGCAUUUCGAGCACCCCGACCGCCUCGGCCACGCAAUCAGAUGCCUCCGCCAAAUCUUCUGGAAAAACCCUCACCUCAUCUGCCAUGCUCUCAUACAUCUUCUCCGAGACCUCUGCUACGUUAACCCUUCUGUUCAGUGUCGUGGUGACCAGUAUGUUUUGGGUUUAA